AUGAAUAUUUCAAAAUUAAAAAAUGAAAAUGCUGAAUUACGAGAGACAGUAAGAACAUUAACAAAAGAAGUUGAAAAACUUCGUGCAUCUCGACCUUUAACACCACCACAUGAUUCACCAUCAAAAGUUUUUUUUGAUAAUAUAAAAAAAGAAAAUCUUUCUCGUGGUAUAUCAGAUCAAAUCAAACAUAAAUUUGGUAUUAAUCUUUCAAAACGAAGUGCACCAAAAGAACCAUCACAGUCAUCACUUCAAACUCAGAUUGAAGAUUUUCUAUCUCGUGACGACAUUUCAAAGUUAUGUCCUGAUAAACACAAACAAAUCGGUGGUCAUCAAAUCCAAUAUCGUCUUAAUCACUUGAACAUGCUUCAUCAACAAUUCGAAUUAGAAAGUAAUAUUGAUAUUGAUUAUGUUACAUUUACACGAUAUGUUCCAUCUUACAUCCAAAAACCUAAUCAUGAUAGUUGGAGAAGCUGCUUAUGUAUAAUAUGUUUAAAUCCUCAACUCAAAUACGAAAAAAUGCACCAAUUGAAGAAUAAAUAUUCAUGUAUAAAAGCUAUUAUAGAUUCUACACCGGUUGAUUUAUAUGAUUUAGCAAAAGAUGAUAUCAAAAUAAAUGCAUUUAAAGAAAAUUUGGCUAAAUUAAGUCGAGAAAAUAUUGUUAUUACCUUUUGUGAAUGA